AUGGAGCACGCUGCUGCCACUCAAGCUCUGGUGACUGUGGAGCAGGCGAGGCAGCUCCGCCAGGACCCGCCGUCGGAGGACGAGGAUUACUACCGCGAUGGGGAGAGCCCGACGGAGGCCGAGGAGCACUACGUCGUGGUGGACAAGCUGAUCGAUCAGAAGCCCGUCCGCGCGCUAACCUUCCUCGCGAGGAGGACGGCGCGGUGCAAGGUGCCGGAAUUCCCGCAGCACAGCAACUUCAAGUCCGCCGUUGAGACGGUGGACAUCCUAGCCUACGUGUUCCGGCACCUCCUGGCCGGCAUGAGGGCGGAGGAGGACUGCGUCUCCUCGCUGCCCAAGCACGCGGUCCGGUGCCUACAGAAGCUGUUCGGUGUAGUCUACCGCAUCCGGUCGCUGCUGGAGUCCUGCGCCGGCGGCAGCAAGAUCGCUACCCUGCUGCUGUCGGACACCGUCGCGCUCGAGUUCUGCGACCUGGGGGAGGAGCUGCAUGACCGGCUGAAGCCGUUCCCCUGGGAACUGUUCGGGGUGGCGACUGAGAGGCCGGAGCUGAAGAGCCUGAUGGACUUCGUCGUCGGCAAGACGGCGGCGCAGAAGGUGCACAUCGACCGGACGGACAUGGAACUCCGGGGGCAGAUCGAGGAGGAGGUGGAGGCACUCCAGCGUGGGGAACGCGCCUUCCCGGACCAGGCGCGGGUGGGGAAGCUGUUCGAGAAGCUGGGCGUCGUCUCGGUGGAGGGCCAGGUGAACGAGAUCAUGGUGCUGGAGUCGGAGAUCCGCACGAGGAGGGAGCUGCUCCCCAGGCGUCGGGGGCUAGAGGAGUUGCUCCGCUACUGCAAGCACGUAUUCCUGGGGGAGUCCUGGCCGGAGGGGGCGACCGUCUACCAGAGGAACCCCGCUGCCGACUGGGUGCUCCCGCCGGCGUUCCGCUGCCCCAUCUCUAUGGCCGUCAUGAGGGACCCCGUGACGGUGUCGAGCGGGCAGACCUACGAGCGCGCCAACAUCGAGCGCUGGAUCCGCGCCGGCCACCGCCUCUGCCCGGUGACCCACCGCCGACUCGAGGACGACGCUGCCGUGCAGACCAACCUAGACGUGCAGCGCCAGAUCAAGGAGUGGGUCGAGGAGAACCGCAUCAACCUCAAGUUGUCGGAGGAGGGCGGACCCAAAGCGGUGGCCUCUUACGUCGUCGAGAGGCUGGCGCGGCCGGCCGCCCCCGAGGUGGCGAGACAGGUCGUCUCCAGGCUCACGCCGCGGCUGCGGUCCGACGCGAAGUUGGCCGCCCAGAUGGGCGAGGCCGGGCUCGUCCCCGUCCUCCUCCGCUUCCUGGUCGCCGACGACCCGGUCCUCCGCGCCUGCGCCAUCUCCGCCGUGCACGCGAUGGCGACUCUGGGGACCAACAAGGCCAGGAUCAUGGAGCAGGAGAACGGGUCUGGGGUCAACGCUAUCAUCGACCUGCUGAACGAGGGCCACACCUGGGAGGCGCGCGGCCGCGCCGCCGGCACUCUGCACCGGCUGUCGACGGUGCGGGCGUACCACUGGUGCCUGGCGCGGGAGGCGCGGGUGGUGGAGGGGCUGGUCCGGGUAGCGAGGGAGGCGCCCUCGCCGCACGUCAGGGGGGAGGCUCUGGCGGGGGUCCUCGCGCUGGCCGGCAACAAAACCCGGCUGGAGGAGAUCAAGUUGCUCCUCCGGCAGUGCCAGAAGGGCGAGCUGGAGGCCGUGGUGAGGGUGGUGGCGGUGGAUCCCGUGCUCUGGCAGAUCAAGAGCCUGAGGGACACCUCCACGGCCUGGAAGAAAAGGCAGCUGAGGCGGGCCGCGGCGGCGCUGCUGGAAGCCUGCACGGAAUGGGUCUGGCGCUGGGGGCCCUUCGCCGGGCAAGAUACCCCGUACGACGAGAAAUAG